CGGAGCCCGACUCCAAUUAGUAGUCAUCACCGAGUGGACAUUAAUUAAAUUACUGUUGUGUAGAUACGAUUCUCCCGCUCUCUCUUUUACAAUUUGGGUAUUGACGAGGAUAUAUUUAAGGGUGAGAUCUGGGGUCUUACCGAUAAACAGAGUACAUGGAACCUCUCCUGCCUGGUGAACCUCUACUCAAUCGUGAUUAUGACUUCAAAAAUCGAAGACGAUACUAAUGGGACACCUCAAGCGUCCUCAUUAUCAAACAAAAAGUCUCCUAAAUCAAACGCAUUUACCAAAAUGAUGUCAAGUUCGCGAUCCAAACGCCCUAAUUCCUCCCCGACAUCCUCCCCUCCUCCCAAAAAGAUUGCAAAUUCGAAUCCUUUCCAUUUUGGUCGAGCAGGCCUCGGAGCUUACUUAUCAGACCCCUCAUCACAUCCUGCAUCACGCAUGAUCUAUUAUAACUCUUUAUUUGUAGCGAUCCAUGACCUUUACCCUAAAUCUUCGGUUCAUGCCCUACUGAUUCCACGAGACGAGAAAUGGAAUAGUAUGCACCCGAAAGUCGCAUUAUCCAACCCCGAGUUCCUCGAUAUGGUGAGACCGGAAGCAGAAAAGUUGAAGGGAAUAGUUGCAUCAGAGUUACGUCGAAAAUAUGGACCGGAAUCUGCAGAAGAUUUGCAAAGGCAAAAAAUACUUAAUGGAGAAGUCAAUCUAGAUGAUGAUGCUGAGAUGCCAGAAGGUAGGAAUUGGGAAAAAGAUGUUAUGAUUGGGAUACAUAUGCAUCCAUCUAUGGAUCAUCUUCAUAUUCAUGUUCUUUCCGUGGAUCGUUAUUCAUCAUGUCUGAAGAAGCGGAAGCAUUAUAAUUCAUUUGCUACACCAUUCUUCGUCAAUUUAUCAGAAUUUCCUUUGUCCGAGGAGAGACAAGAAGCUCUUGAUAGGAAAGGACAAGGUAAAGCAUGGCUAGAAGAUAAUUUGAAAUGUUGGAGAUGUGGUAUGCAAUUCGGAAAUAAAUUUACUCGGUUGAAGGAUCAUUUGGAGUUGGAGUUUGAUGAAUGGAAAAUAAAAUAAACGUCAAGCGAAAAUCACCAUGUCAAUUUUCUUCCUCCACUUAAACUCACGAAUAGACUAUACGAAGAGCAAAAGAUAGGAGUAAAUUCAAUAUAUUGCUUUUCUUUCAUGCUACUUGUUCAAUUUUUUUCAGAAUUGGCCUAUCCUUUAAC